AUGCCACAGCUGCAGCGAAGCAUGUUCAGCUGCUUGGCACAACACGUUCGGGAGACUAUUGUGGAAAAGCUCCGUGUCAGCAAUCAGUCGGAUGCGAAAUGUUCCUUGUGUCACAGAGAUCGUCCCUUUGUCCCCCCGCUGUUUUCCCCAGUUCUUCUCCUGCAUGGAGCUUUCCUCUUUGGAACGGUCGGGUCCAGCCCCGUCCUACGGAAGCCAUUUGGAGAGAUCAGGUCCCCCAACUACCCCAAGCCGUACCCAAACAACAACGUCAGCACCUGGGACAUCGCCCUGCCCAAGGGCUUCAGAGUGAAGUUGACGUUCCGGGAGUUUGAUUUGGAGCCGUCUGAGGCUUGUUUGUACGACUAUGUCAAGAUCUCAGCAGACAAGAGAGACUUGGGCCAGUACUGUGGCCAGCUGGAAUCGGCCACUGGUAACCACCCUGGAAGAAGGGAGUUUGUGUCUCAGGGAAACCGAAUGAGGGUCUUGUUCCACUCUGACUUCUCCAAUGAAGAAAACGGCGAGCUCGUCUUCUACAAGGGCUUCCUGGCCUAUUAUCAAGCUGUGGAUCUGGACGAAUGUACCCAAGGAAACAGCGUCGAAGAAGAGCAGAAGCCCCGGUGCCAACACCUCUGCCACAACUAUAUAGGAGGCUAUUUCUGCUCCUGCCAUCCCGGCUAUCGUCUCCAGAGCGACCAGCAUUCCUGUAAAGUGGAGUGCAGCAACGAGCUGUUCACGGAGCUCUCCGGAUACGUGGCGAGCCCCGGAUACCCUCGGCCGUACCCGCCAGACCUGCGGUGUAACUACAGCAUCCAAGUGGAGAAGGGGCUGGUGAUCACACUCAAAUUCCUGGCACCCUUUGAAAUCGAGGACCACCAACAAGUCCGCUGCCCUUAUGACCAGCUCAAGAUCCAGGCCCGGGGCAAAGAGAUUGGCGAGUUCUGCGGCACGGUGACCCCUGGCAGCAUCGAAACCAACAGCUCUUCGGUGGACCUUUUCUUCCUCACAGACGAGUCGGGGUUCGGCCACGGGUGGAAGAUCCGGUACAGCUCGGAAAGGGUCCGUUGCCCGCAGCCCGUGCCGAACGACAAGUUCACCAUCAUCAAAAACCCGCAACCCGUCUAUCAGUUCCAGGACUACUUCAUUGUCAGCUGCCAGAAGGGUUAUAACCUAAUGGAGGGAGACAAACAGCUGCCAACCUUCACUGCCGUCUGUGAACAUGAUGGGACCUGGCACCGCCCCAUGCCCCGAUGUCAAAUUGUGAACUGCGGUGAACCCAAACAUCUGACCAACGGGAUCACUGAGUACACAUCCAGUCCAGGGAGUAACAUCUACCAGUCAGUUGUCAGAUACCGCUGCAAUGAGCCCUAUUAUCAAAUGGUCACCACUAACGGGGCAGGUGAAUAUUCUUGCUCUGCUGAAGGCUCCUGGAAGAAUAACAACGAUGCUGAGGACAUCCCAGUGUGCCUGCCAGUGUGCGGAAAGCCGGAUAAUCCAGUCGAGCAAGUCCAGAGGAUUAUCGGCGGCAGCAUAGCACAGCCGGGCAACUUCCCAUGGCAAGCAAAGACUGUGCUCUCCGGGGUCGGGCGUGCCGGAGGGGCGUUGCUGGGUGACCGCUGGAUCCUGACCGCCGCCCACACCGUGUACCCCAAGGGGCGAUCUGAACUUGAAGAGAGGAAGAGUCUGGAAGAGAUGGCUGAGAAACUGGAAGCCUUCUUGGGCUACGUCAAUGUGACCGAACUCCACAAGUUGGGCAACAAGCCCAUCCGCAGGCUCUUUGUGCACCCAGACUAUAACCCUGACGAUGAGCAGAACUUUGAUGGAGACGUCGCACUCAUUGAGCUGCGAGACCCCGUGACUCUCAGCCACAAUGUCCUGCCCAUCUGUCUCCCGGAUCCCCAAAACACUUCUUUCUAUGGUUCAGGGCGGGUGGGCUAUGCCAGUGGCUUCGGCGUGGAGAAGCAACAUCUCGCUGAUAAACUGAAGUAUGCAAUGAUCCCGGUGGGCAACCAGGCAUCCUGCCGGGAAUGGCUGAAGGGGAAGAAGAUCCAUGGGAAGGAUCCAGUUUUCACCGCCAAUAUGUUUUGCGCGGGUUCUCCUGUGGAAGGGAAAGACACCUGUCAAGGUGACAGCGGGGGGGCCUACACUGUGCUUGACCCGGAGACUGGGCGCUGGGUGGCCACGGGCAUCGUCUCCUGGGGCCUUGAGUGUGGCAAAGGGUAUGGCUUUUACACCAAAGUCGUCAACUAUCUGGACUGGAUCAAGGGCAUUGUGGGUCAGAAUUGGGUCUGAAGGGCUCUGAG